AUGGAGUUCUGGGACCAGGGCCAGAAGGUACAGAAGGGGAUGGUGCAACCCAUCAACCUCAUCUUCAGAUACUUGCAAAAUAGCUCUCAGAUUCAGGUCUGGCUGUAUGAGCACGUGAAUAUGCGGAUAGAGGGUUGUAUUAUUGGCUUUGAUGAGUUCAUGAACCUCGUAUUAGAUGAUGCAGAAGAAAUUCAUUCUAAAUCAAAGUCAAGGAAACAACUGGGUCGGAUCAUGCUGAAAGGAGACAAUAUUACUCCGCUCCAGAGUGUUUCCAACUAG